GUUCACUAGUACAGCGACUAAGUAACGACUGACUGACUUGACUGAGAUGGCCAGAGCUUCUGGAGAGACCCUGGACGGGUUUCAAGAUGCUUCUGCUUCUUCUUCCUCUUAUUCUUCUACUUCUUGUCCCAUUUUUCUUUUUUCUUUUUCUCUUUCUCUUUUUUUUUCCCCUUCUCUCUUUAUCAUUUGUCGUUCUUCCUCAUUUCCUUCUACAUUUAUUUCUCUUUCCAUUCGCCUUUCUCCUCAUCCUCUUUCAUCCUCUAUUCCAAUUUCCUUCGUCCAAACCUUCAAUACUCUCCUUCGCCAUUCCCCUCUUCUAAUUAGACAAGCGUCUAUCUUAGCACUUCCUUCAAUCGUCCCUUAUCGAUCAACAUCUAUCAAAUCACCUAUCACGUCUGUAUCACAUUUGACGGUCUCCUCUUCUCAUCAUCAAUACCCGGGUGCAAUCUCAUUUCUCAAUCCGGCUUUGGUGCUUCUCGACUUACUCAUCUCGCUAUUUUUCUUGGCUCCGGCACUUCUCUGGAAGAUAGUUGCUAGGGCUUAUACCUGUCAGGGUAUUGAUCUAACUCUCCUCCUAUCUUCUGAUCAUUCCUUCAUAACGCAUCUCCGGAAAACGACCGGUUCAAUUUUCAACCCCCUUUAAGAACCAUAUAUUUUUCUGUCCCCUAUCGGAAGUGAUCGGUGCCAUCAACUAUAGAGAGGAAACCGAACAUUUAAAUCGUCUGUCAACGCCAUUGUCCAGUCUUGAGGGGUGGAUCAGUCGGGCUCUUUUUCAUCAUCCAGAACGUGGCAGGAGUUCUCGGGAUUCUGUCCGGUUAAAAUUGAUUACUUCGCCAAGGAGGCCGAGUUCCACUGGGGUUUUGUCAGAUCUGCAUUC